AUGCCCUCUCCCCACCGCGGCGGCAACCUCUCCGACAUGGCUCCCACAGGGACAACGAUCCCCAACGACGCCGGCAAAAUGAACACAAUCCCCUCAGUGCCGCGCCCCGAACAGCGCUCCGAAGACGCCGAGUUCUCAUACCAAGGCACAGGCCAGCCCUCGACGGCCUUUGCAGCGGACAACUCGACCGACAUGCCGCGGAGCACCAAGGACAUGGGCUUCAGUGGCGAGACGAUCACGGGCACGGGGAAUACGUUCCCGGCGCAGGGCGAGAACGCGGGGAAUGAGAUUGGGGCGAAUUGGCCGGGGGCGAAGGGGUCGACCAGGGGGUUUAAGCAUGCGAAUAAGAACCGGGGGGAGUUUGAUACUAUGGGCGGGCCGGAUGAUGAGGGGGUGGAGGAUGUUGGGGAGCAUCAGGGGAGGAAUUAUUAUUGA